AUGGGUGCUAGUGGGUCUUGUCAGUCUGUGAAGGUGAUCCGUGAAGAGUACCUUGACCAUAUCUUGAAGACCUUCAGCGUGGUGUCUUCUCCCAAAGUGUCGAACACGGUCGUGAAACCUUACAAUGCCUCGAUCUCUGUGCACCAGCUGGUAGGGAACACAGGUGAGACAUUCUGCAUUGAUAAUGAGGCUCUGUGUGACAUCUACUUCGGCACAGUCAAGCUGACCACGCCCACCUAUGGGGACCUCAGCCACCCGGUAUCUACCACCAAGAGUGGUGUCAUCACCUCUCUGCAUUUCCUUGGCCUGCUCAACGCAAACCCCUGCAAGCUUGCUGUCCAUAUGGCCCCCUUUCCUUGCCUACACUUCUUCAUGUCCGGCUUUGCCCCCCUCACCAGCAGGGCCAGCCAGCCCUACCUCACUGUUCCAGAACUCGCGCAGCAGGUGUUUGAUUCCAAGAACAUGAUGGCGGCCUACAAUCCACGUCAUGGUCAAUACAUGACAGUAGUUGCAGUCUUCUAUGGACGUAUGUCCAUGAAGAAGGUGGAUGAGCAGAUGUAGAAUGUACAGAAGAACAACAACAGCAGUUAUUUUGUCGAAUGGAUACCCAACAAUGUCAAGAUGUGUGUGACAUCUUCUCCCCCCCCCCCCAAUGACUGGGUAUCUGAGUACUGGCAGUACCAGGAUGCCACCACCGAGGAGUAGGGUGUGUUUGAGGGGGAGGGAGAGGAAGAGAUGGUUUAACAGGUUUAAUUUGCUUUCUGCACUUGGUUUUCCCAGUUGUGUUUUCUAAAACUGCUACAUUUUACACACACUUGAAUAAAUUAGACACUCCUCCCA